AUGUCCGACUCCCCUCCGCCGCCCCCAUCAUGGAGCAUCGGCAACAUGACCAACAACGCCGUGCAGUUUCUCCGUCUGCCCGUCCUAGCGUCAUCCGGCCUGGCAGUCAUCGCAAGUGGCCUGUUAUACUUUAAGCAGAAUGAAUUGAUAUACCCCCGCAACGUCCCAGUCGACGCGCGCACCAACGUCCCGAGCCCAAGGCAAUUCGGCAUCACCGACUUUGAAGAUUUACAAAUCCCGACACCCGACGGCGAAACGCUGCAUGCGCUGUUCCUGCGCUCGCCCAAGAGUCGGUAUCGGCGCAAUCUGACGGUGUUAAUGUUCCACGGGAAUGCUGGGAAUAUCGGCCACCGAGUACCGAUCGCCAAGGCAGUUCAGGAUACGUUACACUGCAAUGUGUUUAUGCUUGAAUAUCGCGGGUACGGUCUGUCUACGGGGACGCCUGACGAGGCGGGCUUGAAGAUCGAUGCCCAGACUGGACUGGACUAUCUGCGGCAGCGGGCCGAGACGAGUGAUGACAGUUUUGUUGUUUAUGGGCAGAGUCUGGGUGGUGCGGUUGCCAUCAAUCUUGUUGCGACGAAUCAAGAACAGGGUGAUAUCAGGGGUCUGAUUCUGGAGAAUACAUUCUUGAGUAUUCGCAAAUUGAUUCCUAGUGUAUUCCCGCCAGCGCGGUACUUGGCUCGUCUCUGUCAUCAGUACUGGACGAGUGAGGACGUGCUACCCAAGAUCUCGAAAGUGCCAAUCCUCUUCCUUAGUGGAUUGAAAGAUGAGCUCGUGCCCCCAUCCAAUAUGACUCAAUUAUUCGCCAUCUGCAAAUCAGAAACUAAGAUCUGGCGCACACUACCUAACGGAGGCCACAACGACUCUGUGGCCGAACCGGGCUACUUUGAACAUAUUCACUCCUUCGUUAUGGAGGAGGUCCUGAGCGAGUAG